CACAAGCUCGACUUCUGCGACGUGACCGCGACGCUCACCCACCCUGGGGAAGGCGAUAUCGUCAAGCUGUCGGUGUGGCUGCCGUUCCCGGAGGCGUGGAACGGACGCUUCCAAGCAACGGGGGGCGGCGGAUUGGCGACAGGUUACAUUGGAUACAGACAGCCAGAAGCGGUGAUUCAGGGCUACGCGGCGGCAGCGACAGAGGGCGGAUUGACGCUGAACGGGACGAUCGAUCCGCAAAGCGGACAAUGGGCGCUGCGGCCGGACGGAACGCUCAACACGGCGCUGCUGAAGAACUUCGCGCACCGCUCGAUCCACGACCUGGCGGUGGUCGGCAAGGCCCUCACGACGCUCUUCUACGGGGCCGCGCCCAAAUACUCGUACUGGAGCGGCUGCUCGACCGGCGGCCGGCAGGGUUACGUGGCCGCGGCGCUGUAUCCAACGGACUACCACGGCAUCCUGGCCAACAGCCCGGGCAUCAACCUGCCAGAGCUCUUUGCGUGGCUCCUCUGGCCGCCCAUUCUGAUGCUCAACACGACCACUGCCACCGUGUCGCCGCCGCCGCAGUGCGUCUUCUCCGCCUUCCAGGCCGCCAUGAUCGAGACCUGCGACGGGCUUGACGGCGUCGUCGACGGGCUGAUCUCGAUGUACGGCCCGGGAGCCUGUCCCUUCCAUCCGACCACCCUCAUCAACACCACCAUCCCCUGCGCCGACACAAACACCAGACUGACCAUCACGGAAGACCACGCGACGCUAGUGCAGUCGAUCCUCGACGGGCCCGUCGAUCCCACGACCGACGAACGGCUCUGGUACGGCCUGCCGCCGGGUGCUUCCUUCAAGGGCACAGCCGACACAAUCACCACCACCUCCUUACCCCCCUACCCCAACACAACCACAACCCCGAUAACCACGACAAAAAUCAACCCCUUCAUCCCAGCAGUAAGCUGGCUCAAGAACUUCCUACACGGGGACCCGACCUUCAACAUCACGACCAUGACCCUCCCCGAGUAUCUAAACGCAGUACACACCUCCCGCACCAAAUUCGGCCACCUCCUCGCCCAAGAACACGGUGACCUCGAAGCCUUCCAACAAGCCGGCGGCAAGCUACUAACUUGGCACGGGAUGGCAGAUGAGAUCGUGCCACCAGGCGGCACGAUCAUGUACCGAGAGACGGUGGAGAAGGUGUUCGAGAGACGGGAGGAGGACGUCGAGGUGGACGAGUUCUUCCGGCUGUUUUUGGCGCCCGGCGUGGGCCAUUGUGCCGGGUUCGGUGGAUCGGGUCCCACGGGGUACGGGCCUGUUCCGGUUGAUGCGUUGGGGAGCUUGGUUCGCUGGGUUGAGGAGGGUGUUGAGCCUGAGACGUUGUUUGCUGAGGCAGUUGGUGGCGGAAGGAGGAUGAGUAGGGAGUUGUGUCGGUUUCCUGCGGUUUUGAGGUAUGAUGGGGUUGGGGAUGUGGAUGUUGCGGGGAGUUUUAGUUGU